AGACCAACACAGUAUGUUCCCAUUCCAGAAAAAACAGGAAAAGGUCGAGUUGCCUUUUGUGGCGAUGUGCAGUUCGCGGAUGGCGAAUGGGUAGGCGUAAUUCUUGAUGAACCUCGAGGGAAGAAUAAUGGUACUGUGCAAGGUGUACAGUACUUCACAUGUGAACCAAACUAUGGAUUGUUCAUUCGUCCUACUCAGUUGAAGCCCGAAUCAGCUCGGGGUCGAACAAGUGGUCUAAGAACUCCUGCGACACGUAAAGAUGUCGCAUCCGCAAAAGGGGCGCGAUCCUCUCCUGGCCUAAAAAAAGUUGCAUCGACUGAUGUGAGUGGAAUGCUUUUCUGUUGAGA